AUGGCGCUCGCCGCAGGGCUCYCCUCACCGCUCCGGCUGCUGCUGCGCCGGGGGCUCGGCACCGCGCUGGCCCCGCGCCCUGCGCUCGACCUGGCCGGCAUCUACCCGCCCCUCGUCACCCCCUUGUCGCCCGCGCAGGACGUGGACUAUGCGCAGCUGGAGGGCAACGUGCGCCGCUACGCGGGGCUGCCCUUCCGAGGCGUCGUGGUGCAGGGCUCCAGCGGCGAGUACCCCUUGCUGGCGCCGCACGAGCGCCUGGAGGUGCUGAGGCGCGUGCGCUGCGUGCUGCCCGCCGGCCGCCUGCUGCUGGCCGGCUCGGGCUGCGAAUCCACGCGCGCCACCGUGGAGAUGACGGCCAGCGUGGCAGAGGCGGGCGCCGACGCAGCGCUCGUGGUGACCCCCUGCUACUACCGGGGUGCCAUGAGCAGCGCCGCGCUGGUGCGGCACUACACGGAGGUGGCCGACGCGUCGCCCGUGCCCGUGGUGCUCUACAGCGUCCCCGCCAACACCGGCCUGGAGCUGCCGCUGGAGGCCGUGCUCACCCUGGCGCAGCACCCCAACAUCGUGGGGAUCAAGGACAGCGGUGGGGACAUCACCCGCCUGGCGCUCAUCGUCCACAAGACGCGGCAGGAAGGUUUCCAGGUGCUGGCGGGAUCGGCCGGCUUCCUACUGGCCAGUUACGCCAUGGGUGCCGUYGGGGGGAUCUGCGCCCUGGCCAACGUGCUGGGCGCCCCGUUGUGCCAGCUGGAGCGGCUGUGCCGGGAAGGGCGCUGGCAGGAGGCCCGCGACCUGCAGCACCGGCUCGUGGAGCCCAACACGGCGGUGACCCGGCGCUUCGGGAUCGCGGGGCUCAAGAAGGCCAUGGAGUGGUUCGGCUACCACGGGGGCCCGUGCCGCGCGCCCCUGGCGCCGCUGAGCGCCAGCCAGGAGCAGGAGCUGAGGGAGGCCUUCAGCGCCAACGGCUGGCUCUGAG